AUGGAGGAGCUAGUACUUGCCGAGCUUGAAAAGGAGGGAGGAGGGAACCGAGUGCUUAGGGAAUCAGUGACAUUCAAGGAUGUGAUCGUGGACUUUACCCAGGAAGAAUGGAAACAUCUGGAUCCUACACAGAGAGAUUUGUUCAGGGAUGUGGCCUUGGAAAAUUAUACACACCUGGUCUCAGUUGGACUCCAGGUUUCCAAACCUGAUGUGAUUUCCCAGUUAGAGCAAGGGACAGAGCCAUGGAUUGUGGAGCCAAGCAUUCCAGGAGGUGCUUUUGGAGAGUGGAAUACAAAUUGUGUGGAUAUUUCUACAAAAGUGCUGCCUGUAGAAUCAACAGUGGAAAAACACAAAAAAUAUGGUUCUGGGAGUUCCAGUGUCCUAGAAACUUGGGAAUCUGAAGGCAGUCUAGAGAGACAGCAAGCAAACCAGCCGAUAUCACCAAGAGAAAUAAAAGUAACUAAAAAGGCAAUACCCACUUGGGAGAGGAGCCAUGUAAAUAGUGAAUUUGCAAAAAGCGGCAGUGUAAAUUCAAGCCUCAGAACACAGCAAGAAAUAUCUCUAGAACAAAUCUCUACCAAAAAAAGUGUCAAACAAAAGUCACACCCUAUUAAAAAAGAGAAGUCUUGUAAAUGCAAUGAAUGCGGUAAAGCUUUCAGCUAUUGUUCAGCUCUCAUUCGCCAUCAGAGAACACAUACUGGAGAAAAGCCUUACAAGUGUAAUGAAUGCACAAAGGCUUUCAGCCGGAGUGAAAACCUUAUAAACCAUCAAAGAAUGCAUACUGGCGAUAAACCAUACAAAUGUGAUCAGUGUGGAAAAGGUUUCAUUGAGGGUCCAUCUCUUGUACAACAUCAAAGAAUCCAUACUGGAGAAAAACCCUUUAAAUGUGAUGAAUGUGGGAAAGCCUUUAGUCAGAAGACUCACCUUGUUCAGCAUCAGCGGAUUCAUACUGGCGAGAGACCAUAUACUUGUAAUGAUUGUGGGAAAGCCUUCAGUCAGAGAGGCCACUUUAUGGAACAUCAGAAAAUUCAUACAGGAGAAAAACCUUUUAAAUGUGAUGAAUGUGAUAAGACCUUUACCAGGAGUACCCACCUUACUCAACAUCAAAAAAUCCACACUGGAGAGAAAACCUAUAAGUGUAAUGAAUGUGGAAAGGCCUUCAAUGGGCCCUCAACAUUUAUACGUCAUCAUAUGAUUCAUACUGGAGAAAAACCAUAUGAAUGUAACGAAUGUGGAAAAGCCUUCAGCCAGCACUCAAACCUCACUCAACAUCAAAAAACACACACGGGCGAGAAACCAUAUGAUUGUGCAGAAUGUGGAAAAUCUUUUAGUUAUUGGUCAUCCCUUGCUCAACAUCUGAAAAUUCAUACUGGUGAAAAACCAUACAAAUGCAAUGAAUGUGGAAAGGCCUUCAGUUACUGUUCAUCCCUUACUCAGCAUCGGAGAAUUCAUACUCGAGAAAAACCCUUUGAAUGCAGUGAGUGUGGAAAGGCUUUUAGUUACCUCUCCAACCUUAAUCAACACCAGAAAACUCACAGCCAAGAGAAAGCCUAUGAAUGUAAAGAAUGUGGGAAAGCCUUUAUUCGGAGUUCCUCUCUUGCUAAGCAUGAAAGAAUUCAUACUGGUGAGAAACCGUAUCAGUGUGACGAGUGUGGGAAAACAUUUAGCUAUGGCUCAUCCCUUAUUCAGCAUCGGAAAAUCCAUACUGGAGAAAGACCUUACAAGUGUAAUGAAUGUGGGAGAGCCUUCAACCAGAAUAUACACCUUACCCAGCAUAAGAGAAUUCACACAGGAGUAAAGCCUUAUGAGUGCUCCAAGUGUGGUAAGGCCUUUCGACAUUGUUCAUCCCUUGCUCAACAUCAGAAAACACACACAGAAGAAAGACCUUAUCAGUGUAAUAAAUGUGAAAAGACAUAUAGUCAGAGCUCCCAUCUGACGCAGCAUCAGCGAAUUCACACUGGAGAGAAGCCCUAUAAGUGUAAUGAAUGUGACAAAUCCUUUAGCCGGAGCAAUCACCUGACAGAACACCAAAACACUCACACUGGAGAGAAACCUUAUAACUGUAAUGAAUGCACGAAAACAUUCAGCCAGAGCACAUACCUUAUUAAACACCAGAGAAUUCAUUCUGAGAAGAAACCUUUUGGAUGUAGUAGUUGUGGAAAAUCCUUCCGGUAUCGUUCUGCUCUCAACAAACAUCAGAGACUACACCCUGACAUGUCUACACUAGAAACAUCAUGAAUUAUUUUGCUUUGCCACUUGUUAUGCACUGAAGAAUCAGUGGAUUGAGAAACUGCUUAGAUAUUUUAACUUUUUGCUAUCUCACUAUGAAGUGGAAAAUACAUUGUGCCCAACAAAUCCAAUUUUAUUAUUGACCAAUUUUGUGACAUUGGAAAAAUGCAACUAUUUUAAGCUUUCUGAAAUGAAAGAUUUGGAGUAGAUGUUUCAAAGUUAGUUUAGAAUUUUAUACUGUUUUGUAUAUUUAAAGUAUGUUCUUAUAUAGGUUUGUUAUAUAUUGGCAUUUUGUGCACUGCAUCUAGAAUAUGUAUGUUUAUGCAUGUUUUGCUGGUAGAAGGAGCUUGUGCUUCAGUAACUAUGAAUCCACUAUACUCCUGUCUUAAUGCACUUGUUUAGAUAACUGGCUCCUAAUAAAAAGAAUU